GUUGGGAGGAGUGCUUCGCUUGCGGAACCGGGCAACGUGGUGUGCGUUUCGCGGCCCACACCCGGGCUCCCUCGGCGAGGGAAAGUGUCUCAGGAGCGGUGGGCCAACGGCUAGGGGUUGGGGUGCAGGGAGGGCCUCAGGUCCCGGGCCGGGCGUGCAGGGCGGGGGAGGAGAGCGGGGCGCGAGGCGGCGCCGGGUGCCCGGGGACAUGGCGCGGCCGGACGAUGAGGAGGGGGCAGCGGUGGCGGCCGGGCACCCGCCCGCGAAAGGAUAUCUCCUGGUCCCGGGGGACGCGCCCGCCGACAAGGUGAGCGCGGAGCUGCAGAACGGGCUCAAAGCCGGCUGCCUGGCGCUGAAUGGGGUUCCUCGGGACAGCCCCGCGGCCGUCUUGGGAGCCCUGGGCAGGCCGCAGUCUCCGCCGGGCCCGGAGGAGGAGACCCAGGUCCGGCUGCUGCCCGCGGGCCCCGGGGAGAAGACCCCAGGGGCCGAGGGCGCCCAGGUGGCCCGGACGGCGCUCUCCGCGCGGCGCUUUGUGGUGCUCCUGAUCUUCAGCCUGUACUCGCUGGUGAACGCCUUUCAAUGGAUCCAGUACAGCAUCAUCAGCAACAUCUUCGAGGGUUUCUACAGCGUCUCCUCGCUGCACAUCGACUGGCUGUCCAUGGUGUACAUGCUGGCCUACGUGCCCCUCAUCUUCCCGGCCACCUGGCUGCUGGACACCAGAGGCCUGCGGGUCACCGCCCUGCUGGGCUCCGGCCUCAACUGCCUGGGCGCCUGGGUCAAGUGCUGCAGUGUGCAGCAGCAUCUCUUCUGGGUCACCAUGCUGGGUCAGUGCCUGUGCUCCGUGGCGCAGGUGUUCAUCCUCGGUUUACCUUCCCGCAUCGCAUCAGUGUGGUUUGGGCCCAAGGAGGUCUCCACAGCUUGUGCCACCGCCGUGCUAGGCAAUCAGCUUGGAACUGCAGUUGGCUUUUUGCUACCACCAGUCUUAGUGCCCAACACACAGAAUAACACAGAUCUCCUGGCUUGUAAUAUCAGUACCAUGUUUUAUGGAACAUCAGCUGUUGCCACACUUUUAUUUAUUUUAACAGUAAUUGCAUUCAAAGAAAAACCUCGGUAUCCACCAAGUCAGGCUCAAGCAGCGAUCCAAGACAGUUCCCCUGAAAAGUACUCCUAUAAGAAGUCAAUAAGGAACCUAUUUAAAAACAUUCCUUUUGUUCUUCUACUGAUAACGUAUGGUAUCAUGACUGGAGCAUUUUAUUCAGUCUCAACAUUAUUAAAUCAAAUGAUACUGACAUAUUAUGAGGGAGAAGAGGUGAAUGCUGGAAGGAUUGGGCUAACGCUGGUAGUAGCUGGAAUGGUGGGCUCCAUUCUUUGUGGCUUAUGGCUGGAUUAUACCAAAACAUACAAACAGACUACUCUGACAGUUUACAUUUUGUCUUUUGUUGGAAUGGUUAUAUUUACUUGCACGUUGGACCUUGGAUACAUUAUCAUCGUGUUUAUUACUGGAGGGGUGCUUGGUUUCUUCAUGACUGGUUACCUCCCCUUGGGUUUCGAAUUUGCUGUUGAGAUCACUUACCCAGAAUCUGAAGGUACUUCCUCUGGUCUCCUUAAUGCUGCUGCGCAGACAUUUGGAAUUUUAUUCACAUUGGUUCAAGGAAUGCUCACAUCAAACUAUGGUCCUAAGGCAGGAAACAUUUUCCUCUGUGUUUGGAUGUUUAUAGGCAGCAUUUUAACAGCAUUAAUCAAGUCUGAUCUGAGAAGACACAAUAUAAAUAUAGGAAUUGCAAAUGGCGAUAUUAAAGCUGUACCAGUUGAUAGUCCCACAGAUCAAGAAUCAAAAACUAUUAUGAUGUCUAAGUCGUCAGAAUCAGCAAUUUAAGGUGAAAGGAAAAGUUAAUAUCAUGUGAUAAUUGAGCAGUAAGGCUUGGUUUAUAGAUUAUGGGGCAUGGACACUUGGUUGAAAAUUAUUAUUAUAUGACUCCUAAAUGUUAUUACUGUUUUGCUUAAUUGUUAAUUUAAGCAAUAUCUUACUAAAAAUAUUUUCACUUACAUCAUUUUAACACUACCAUUUAUAGAAUGAAUGUCCCAUUUUUAGUGUUAAAUUGUCGAUCUGAAAGUAAGCUUCAAAAGUAAGUGUUUUCCUUUUUUGUAGAGAGUGGAAGCUUAGAAGGCUUUAAAAUAAUAUUGAGGGCUAAUGCCUUUAAGUCACAUAAGAGUACACGCAGUUUAUAUAUGAAAAUAUCCAGUGGAACCAAGUAUGCAAUAUAUUCCUAAUUGGCUCUCUUUCCACUGUUCUUACCAACUGUCCAAGCCCCCUCAGUAUGCCAACAUGACCCUCCUAAGCCACAAAGGACAGUAUUGGAAUGAGACUUCGGAUGACCUCUAAGAUUUUUCCCGUUUCUUAUCUUCUUGUCACAGAGUGCUCUGUAGCGGACACUGUCAGUGGCUAUAAGGACUCUUCUGUGUACAGAUUGAACCCAUGGCUUUGGUUUUAGACUUAUGUUCUAUUUAAGCCAAGGAGCCCGGGCGCAGGCUCAUUAUCUUCAGUUUCUCUCUGUGCUGCCUUCCUGUCAUGGUAUAAAUGCUACCGCUAUGUUUUUUCACUCCAACUUGAAAUAGAGUAGUUUUGUACCCAUUGCCUUUUUUACUCUCGUUUUUUCAGUAUAUAACUUUCUAGUAAGAAAACUCCAUCCUGUAUGUUAUUGGCUUUUUCAUGAUUUUUUGUAUCACACCUUAUACUUUUGCCUUGAAGAUUCCUGAGAUAAGGAGUCUAUAAUAACUUAAGAUACCCUAGGUUCCCAUUCAGUGGAGACCUCUUGAAAUGCCAUCUGUCCUAAUUCUCAGUACCAUUUUUUAUGGUCAUUCUCCUUUGAGGAGAACUUUGCCCAGGUAUGUGCUCCCUCAGUGUUGGGGGAGUGGAUUCUUCUCUUCACCACAGAGUGUACGUAGUCUCCAUACUGUUGGAAGAGUCUGCUCUUUUACAUGCUCAGGGCAAGGAGAAUAGGACCAAAUGUGUUUGCACAGUGCCUACCGCUGCAUUUUGUUUACAGUGAGAAUUUGAAUAUUAUUCAUGUCCUGACUCUCUAAGCUGAUAGAGAGUAUCUUAUGAGUAAUGACAUUUAAGCAGCCAUAAUAUUUAUAUUAUGUCCACAUAAACAAAAAGAAAGCCAUCAGGUAUGUCUUUGAAUACCCUUGAAGUGAAUUAGCAAUUCUGAUUUGAGCAUAGUAUAUAUGUUGCUUUAUAUUCAAACUGUAACAUUCUCUGUAAUCAAACAACAGUAAAUUAUGUAGACUCUUACCUUGGAGAGUGUGUUGGCAGAACUUAGCUGGGAAUCAGGAAGUCCAGGUCUGUGUCCUGGAUCUGUUUCUCCUGGCAGCAUUUCCUCGUGCAUAUAAUGCAUGUGUUCAAUUUAAUCUCAAAGAUCUUUUGUGAAUCUUCAAUGCUUUCAUCAUGAGGUAGACCAAAUCAUUGUAGCACAAGAAUUUAAAUCUAGCCAGAGAAGAAUUCUCUAGACAAUUGGAUAGACAGUGGUGAUUGUUACUUUGUAGAUCCAGGGAAUUUAAAAUCUGUUUUUAGCCUUUUUAUUCAGUUGGUGGUUGCUCAGGCAGAAUAUGCUGAAUCAUUACCUUCCUUAUUAUUUAUAUCACAGGCUUUAUGGCCAAAAAUGUACUUAAGGUCCCUUCUCUAAAUAAUUGUUUUUGUUUUUAAACUCUCUAUGUUGUUUAACAUAAUGAUGUACUUGUUGAGUUCCUGAGGUUUUGAAUAAGUUAUAGAUAAAAGUUGGAAUACUUUAUUUCUGAAAAGAUAUACAUAUAUGUCAUCUGUAUUUUUCCUUGUUGAUUAGAAAAGAUGAAAUAUGAUCAUGUGACAAAACACAAAAUGAAUUGAUAAUUUUUCUGUAUUUUGAAUUACAGUUGUCUGUUAUAUGUCAAACCAGAAUGUCAUAUAAUUCUUUGUCAUAUCUUUGGAAAAUGUUGGGUAACCAUCACUUGUGUAAAUUUUAAUCAAUGAUUUCAGAAAGAAACUGGAUAUUUUCAGAAGCUGUUGCGUUUAUAAAUGUUGCAAAUAAUAUAGCUUUUGCCUUUUCUGAAUGUUGGAGAAAUGUCUUUAAAAAUAUGUUUAGGCGUUAACUCAAGAGUGUUGCUGGAAGAAUGUCUGUCUGUCUUCAGUCUUUUUUAAUGUUCUAGUUUUUGCUUUUUGUAUUAUUUAUCCGUAUGCUUGUUCUUCAGUAUUUCAGAUUUGAAAUAAAUUUAUUUUUUUAAUGUUAA